AUGCGUUUCCUCGAUGCCGUCCUUGUCUAUACAUUCGCGCUUAAGGCAUCUGUACUUGCCGUCCCCGCGCCUACGGAUCAUCUCGACACGAACUCUUCCACUAUUCGCCGAGAAGCCCCAACCGAGUGGGCCCUUGCGCUUUUCUCGAGCCAAGAUUGUGAUUUGAGAACGAGCAUAUUCGCCGACAGCGGCGACGAACCUAAAGACUGUGUGGAUAUUGGUCAGCAGGCAUUUUCCGCGGCGUUUGAUGGUGGAGGACUAUUCUUUGCCCAGCUCUAUACCGAGCAGGAGUGCAAUGGGUUCAAUCUUGCUCUUGGUCCCGGCGAGUCUGGGUCUGGGCCACGUGUGACACGUGACUUGCAGGAAAGGAAACACUCGAUAUGUCGAUAUGUUGGUAUACUGCCACAUCAACAGGUAAACAUACCAUUCCCUGUUAUCUAUUGGGGAAACGCCGAUAAGUAUAUAGCUACGCUCAUUACCCUUUCAUAG